AUGGAGGAGAUUGUGUGUUUAUCGGAAGAUGAUAUCAAAUCAGGAUUAGAGGAUUGUUCAAGGAGUUUAGUUGGAAGGUUGAUGGCGGAUAGAAGCUUCAGUAUGGGCAUGAUAGAGGCAGCAUUUUUUGCAAUUUGGAAUCAACCAGAGGGAUUCUGCUUGAAAUACCAUUGUGAAAAUAUUUAUCAAUUCUUCUUCGCUAAAGAGGCUGAUGUGAUAAGGGUGGAAAGGGGUUCCCCAUGGCUCUUUAAGCAAUAUGUAAUUCAUGUGAGGCGAUGGAAUGCAGAGAUGAAUAUUGAAGAGGCGGAUUACUCAUUAAUACCUACCUGGAUCCAAUUAUGGGGUAUGCCAGACCAUUGCAAAACGAAGGAGGCUGCCCACAAAAUUGGAGAAAGAUUGGGUGAGGUGCUGGAAGUAGAGACUUACCUGAUGAGAAGUAAGGAGGAUUGGAUCAUGAAGGUGAGGAUUAAUUUGAAUGUUACUCACACGCUGAAGCAGAUUAUUAGAAUGGCUAGUCCAGAUAAGAAAAUUUUUGAAGUCCAGUUGAAAUAUGAACGCUUAGGGAUAUAUUAUAGUUUUUGUGGAUUUAUUGGCCAUGAUUCCAGAAAUUGCAGUAAACUCUUGGAAAAUUCUGUUGAUUUGAAUCAAAAGGAGGAAAGGUGGAGUACUCAACUAAGGGCAGAGUUCACAGGGUGGAAGCUGGAGGAUAAUAAAGAGAAUGUGAUCCAAACAUAA